GCAGCAGCGCCACUGCCCGCGCGGGGCGCCAUGAAGCGCGCGCACGGCGAGAGCUCCUCGUCCGAGAGCGAGGAGCUGGACGAGGCCGUGGAGGUGGCGAGGGAGAGCGCGGAGGAGGCGGGCGCCGUGUCCACGAGCUCGCAGAUCCUGGCCAGGAAGCGGCGCCGCGGGAUCAUCGAGAAGCGCCGCCGCGACCGCAUCAACAACAGCCUGUCCGAGCUGCGCCGGCUCGUGCCCAGCGCCUUCGAGAAGCAGGGCUCGGCCAAGCUGGAGAAGGCGGAGAUCCUGCAGAUGACCGUGGACCACCUCAAAAUGCUGCACACGGCGGGCGGGAAAGGCUAUUUUGAUGCCCAUGCUUUGGCAAUGGACUAUCGGAGCCUGGGGUUUCGGGAGUGCCUGGCCGAAGUGGCUCGAUACCUCAGCAUCAUCGAGGGCCUGGACGCCGCGGACCCGCUGCGCGUGCGGCUCGUGUCCCACCUCAACAACUACGCGUCGCAGCGGGAAGCGGCGGGCGGCGCGCACGCCGCCCUCGGACACCUCCCUUGGGGCGCCGCCUUGGGACCCCACGCGCCCCUGUCGCACCCGCUGCUGCUGCCCCCGAGCGGGCCCGGCGGCGCCGCGCCGCCCGCCGAAGCCCAUGCCCAGGGCCGCAUGGCCGCGCCGCACGCCGAAGCCUCCUCCCUCAGGGCGCCCCCGAACGGCAGCGUGGCACCCGUGCUGCCCGUGGUCACGGCCGCCUCCAAACUGUCCCCCCCUCUGCUCUCCUCCAUGGCCUCGCUCUCCGCCUUCCCCUUCUCCUUCGGCUCUUUCCACCUGCUCACGCCGGGCGUGCUGAGCCCGUCGGCGCCGGCGCAGCCCGCGAACCUCAGCAAACCRUACAGACCGUGGGGCACGGAGAUCGGCGCCUUCUGAGGACGGCGGCCGCGCCAGGGUGGGCAAGGCGCCCGCCCGCCUCGGCUGCCUCACGCCGCGCUUAGAACUGAAAUUCUUGAUAGACUGGGACAAAGGUACAGUUUCACCUUAACARAGUUUGUCUAGA